AUGGAAACCGACGAUAUGAGCCUCCGAGUCGCCUCCUUCUCUUACUACCUCGACACGGCUAAGGACAACUCAUCGGGGCACAAGAUUUCGUCUAACGAGAAAACCGAAUCCCUUACCCUAGAGUCACCAUCUUUUAGCAUCAAGAUUUCGAAAUCCCAAGAAAACGACAUAAAAAACACGAAAAACCUUCUACACGACAAAUUUCCGAACCUCAAAACCACAACCGACAACUUUGUGUUUGAUCUCCCGGCCCGCGUCGUUAAGCCAACGACAAAUUUCACCUUCCCUCGCCAAACACUACCUAAAGACGAAGAGAUAGGCGUUUUCAACGCCGACAAGUAUUUCAACAUGAAUUUGGAGUACAAAACCGAGCCGAAAACCAUGCACGAGAACAAAGUUUCCCGCCCAAACAUCACGAACACUAACACUGGAAGCUCGUGUUCUGAGGCCGGGAGUUGGAAAAGCCAAACAGCCCUCAUGCCUCCCGGUAAUAAUUUCCAACAAAUUACUUCCUCCGAAAAGCCGAAAUGGCUCUUCGGAAGGCGAAUUUUCACCGGGCUCGGUUGCAAAGGCCCGUGUUUCGACAAAAACUCUGUUAUCCACCUUAGAGUACCGAAAAUCACGAAAAACGGCCACCACGGCCGUCUAACGAAAGUCGAGCCUCCAGAUGAGCCAAGGAAGUCGAUUGAGGUUUUCGGGUCGAAUAAAAACGCGUCCAAAAACGAUGUGGCUACUGACAUGGAGAGGAAGCUCUCGAUGCUGACAUGGGACGCGAUUCCAAUAAUACACGGGAAAACCGCGGUCCCGAGCAGCACGGUUGUCGACGUGGACAUGGCCAGCGAGGCGAGCUCCGACUUGUUCGAGAUCGACAACAUUUCCGGCCGGUCGGUUACCUUUUCGCCAUGCGGGCUGGCCGUGGGCCCCACAGGGGACGAUGAGGAAUGCAUGAUGAGCCCGAAUUACGAUUAUGCCCCUAGCGAGGCCAGCAUCCAGUGGAGCGUGGUCACGGCUGGCGCAGCAAAUUAUUCUUCGGUUAAUCUCUUGGAUUUUAACGACGAGAGCGUGAGUUUGGCCGGCGACUCGAUUUCUCAGAAAAAAAGUUCGAAAAAAGUCAAUGAGGUUCGGAAGAAGGACCGGUCGGUCGGGAUAAACUUGGGGUGCAAAAAGAAUCAGAAGGCGGUUGAAGUUGCGGCGGAGAAUAUCGUGGGCCCGAAGAUGAUGAGCUGUCAUCAUGUCGAGAAAUCGAAGCUAAUUAGUCAGGAAAUGGAUUUGGUGGAGAAGUUGGGUCGGGUGUCUUUGCAACGGCCCGGUUGA